AUGAAUAUUUUUCGAUUUUUCGGAGACCUUUCUCAUUUGGCCAGUAUUUUAAUAUUAUUAUAUUCAAUUGAAACUCACAGAUCCACUAAUGGUAUUUCAUUAAAGACUCAAUCGCUUUAUGUUUUAGUAUUUGUUACUAGGUAUCUUGAUUUAUUUACCAAAUUUAUUAGUUUAUAUAAUACCUUGAUGAAGAUUUUUUUCAUUGGAUCAACUGGGUAUAUUGUUUAUUUGAUGACUAAUAAAUAUAAGAAAUCAAUUCAAGAAGAUAUUGAUACCUUCCCAGUAAGAUAUUUGAUUGGAGGAGCGUUUAUUGGAUCGUUAAUUUUCAAUUAUAAAUAUUCGAUUGGGGAAAUCUUAUGGUCAUUUUCUUUAUGGUUAGAAGCAGUUGCCAUUAUACCACAAUUAUUCAUACUACAAAGAACUGGAGAAGCAGAAAACAUUACUGUUCAUUAUAUUUUUGCUUUAGGACUUUAUCGUGCUUUGUAUAUUCCAAAUUGGAUUUACAGAUAUAUCAGUGAAUCCCAUUUUGAUUACAUUGCAGUAUUAGCCGGUAUUUUACAAACCAUUGUUUACUCUGAUUUCUUCUAUAUUUACUAUCAAAAAGUAUUACAUGGUAAAAAAUUUGAAUUACCAGUAUAA